GCCAGUGUCCCCCCCCUCCAGCAGGGACAUCCCAGCCUGGCUUCCUGCCUUCAGGAACUUUCUUAAAUCUUACAGGAAGGACUAAAGUUGUUGCAGCCCGCUGUCCCCCCUCCCCGUCGCGCUGUUGCGCUCUGUUCUCUGUCCGCAACUGCUGUUCCUGCGGAGGGAGGCCGGCGAGCCGCAGCGGGCGUGUGACACAGUCCCUGCUGAGAAGGUGGCGUCCUGCUGCCGCCGCUGUUGGUGAUCUCUUGAUGCAGCAAUCUCUGCCAUCGCGCUUCCUACGUGCAAUGGGUGAUACGGCUGAGAAAGGUCUCCGGGCGCUGCACCAGCUGCGAAUGGAAACUCUGACAGUGCAGCGGGUGCCGGGGCGCAGCACGCUGCUGCUGGGGGGGCAUCACCUGCAGCGGGGCUGGGAGAUUCCUGGGAUUGGGGCUCUGUGGGCAGGAUGCUGCCUGGAGAUGCACCUCGGAUGCCAGCAGGGUGUGAGGUUGCAGCAAGAGGCAGGAGUGCCUCUGCUGGAAUUCUGCUUGGGGUGCAUGAACGCAUCCCAGCUAGUGCCGGCUCCUGCCCCAACCUGCUCUGAGCAUGGGUAUAUUGCUGAGACUCUGAGCAGCUCCUGAUUUCCACGGAUUUUAGCAGCUCUGCUCACUAGAGAUGGUCCAUCAGAACCCUUAGUACCACUCUGCUGGGUAUCAGCACUGCCUGCCAGCAGGAACAGCAGCCCACUGCCAUGCUGGAGGUGACAUUGGCCCCACGCCGUACCUGCGUGGCACCUUUGAAUCACAGUUACCAUUGCCCUUCUCAGGCCCUGCAGAUUUCCACUCGCUAAAGGAACAGUUUUGUGUCUCUGCUCCAUCCCUCCGCUUACUCACCUCCCUGGGGCCACAGCUUUUCCCCGCAGGGUCAGGUGAUGUUCUUGCAAGUUGCUUAUAGGGGCUUCCUAAUUUCUGAGAAGUAUCGCAAAGAGCUCUGCAUGUUUAUUUGCAAACAGUAUUAAUCAUUUCCUCUUCUUACCCAGCGCUUUGCCUCCCGCCUGGGUCAGACCCAUAGAUGUGAAUUCAGUUAAACAAAUGGGGGAGGGAUGUUUUGGGAACCUUCAGGUUUCUCUUCUUAUGCAUCUUGUUAUGGUAAUUUGUGUUCCCCAUACCAUUUGGGAAGCUUUGCGUUCCCUGUGCUUCAAGGACGUUCAGCUCUGGCCUUCAGUUGGCUCCAUCCAAGGUGUUUGGUCACUGCUUUCUUCUUCAUCCCCCAAAUUUUCAGUGCUCCUUCAAUAACCCACAUGCUUUUAAGUCAUUUUGGGACUGACCCUUGAUACUUCGAGGUGUGUGCUGUGUGCCUCAACAGUGACAGCAGCAGGAGACUGGGGCCUUGCCUGGGUCCCUGCUGUACUGGUGGGACCCUCACUGUCACUUUGGGCUAGCUUAUUGCUGGGGCAAAAAAGGACAUUUGUGCUUCAGUGAAGUGGUGUAACGUGUGCUUGCUGAAUUUCGUAUGUCUUAGUUUUGAAGAACAAAUUGUUUUCUUGCUUAGUCCUCUUUCUCCUUCCUUUUUAGCUCUUCUUAUGCUCUUAUGCUAGCCAAACAGAUGAGGACUGACACACACAAUUCACCAUAUUCCAGCUCAGCGAAAGAGAAUUAAUUUUUUUAAGCACCAAAAGACUUUCUCAGACCCCCUAAACUAAUCCCAGGAUAUGCCAUCCACCCCAUUUGGACUGGAGGGGUUUUACCAGUGUGAGUGGGAGCCGCAGCGUGACUCGAGCCAGGCUGACUUCCUUGGUGCUGGAGAAGCUGGUGCAAGAGCCAGCAGGAGCUGUGUUGGUCUGGCAGGGUGCAGGCAGGGUGGAGGUAAGGUGUAAAGCCUGCCUAAAGGUGGUUGCUCCUGCGGGGCUGGGGCCAGGCUCCUCUCUGAUUCCAGCACCCGAGAGCUCCCAGCUUGCCUCCCUCCCCUGUGAUUUCUGGUGUGUGUUCUGUGGCUCUGUGAGCUCCCUGGUGCUUCCUGGCCACACAUAGUCUCAUCCUGCACCCCAAACAACCUGGAAAGGCUUUGGUAUUGGCGCCAGUCUCCAGCUUGCUGGGGAGCAGGGCGGGGGUGCUCAGGCACAGACCUGAGGAUCCAAAAACAUUGCCAUGUGGUCUGCAUCUAGCCACCACUGGUUUCUCAUGAAUGUGGCAGCCUCCCCACCCCGGGUACCAACUUUCGCCCCAUUGUGAGCAUGCAUUGGAAAGUUUGAGCAAUUUGAUUUUAAUCAGUGCCCGUGCUGCUGCGCAUGGUGGGGAGGAUGAGCCAUUUUUUCCUGCCGAUUCCUGGCUUGGUGAGUUGUGAUCUAGGUGAUGGUACUCAUCACAUCUUCCACCUCUAGAAACCCAAAACACGUCGCAAGUGCCAGAUAAGCCUCCCCACACUCAGCCUAGAUGCCUUGUGUCACCAUCUGGGGACACAAAGCCUUGAGGAGGAAAAGCCUCCUUGCUGUGAACGUCCAUAUUUUCUGUAAUUUGGUUUAAUUUAAUUGUUCGUUUGUUUGUUUGAUUGUUUGUUUUUGUUGUUGUUUUUUAUUAUGAGAACGCAGGAUAUUGCAAAGCAAGAGGCUAUGUCCACCUCAGCCCACUAACACUAUUGGACAUGGUGGAGAGAGCGCUCCCAUUGCCACCCUACCAGGUGGUAGCCUCCAGCCAGGUGACGUGGAAAGGUGACAAGGAGGGAACAGCACCCCAGGCUUGCUCUGCAGCCCAAGCAGGACCAGAAGCUCAUGACAAAGGAGUGAUGCUGUGAUGCAAGGAAGAGACUGGAAAAGGUGACCCAAGACAGAUUGGACUGAGCCACCAACUCAGAGUGCACCCAAGAGCCAGGCUUGGAGCCAAGGACACUUACCCUGUGGUCCCUGCAUGCUCCAUCCCAGGAGCUUUCUCCAGAAAGGGUGUGGGCUCAGAGGUGCCCGUCCCCACUGCUGGGUGGCUGGGUGCCUUGUGUGGGAGGGAAAGGGGCCAGGCCCAGCUUAGCUGAUGCCUGCCCCAGUGGGGAGGAAGCUGGGGGCGGAAAGCAGCCCGGGUUUCCCUCUGAGGCAGAGAUGGGCACGUUUCAUUUCCACUCCAGCCCCAGCCGCGCAUGCAGAGAACACGCCGCCACUGCAGGGAAGGAAGCACAGAGAGAGCUGGGGGUGGCACAGUACAAGCACGCCUGUCUGAGCAGGGAGCCGACUGCCUCGCCAUGGCUCCGGGUGCCUUGAAGAUGAUGUGGGGCAGAGAGGAGGUGGCCCUGACCAGCCUCUGUGCUGUCCUGCUGUGCUGCAACCCCAUGCUGGCCAUCUGCCGCCGGGUGACCUUCUUUCCAGCCAUGUUAACUCUCCCUGAAGGUGGCUCAGCCACCUUCUUCUGCAACAUAUCCACUGAGAAUGACUCCGGCUUGGAGUACAGCCUCAAUUGGUACAAGGAGACCAACCACAGCCAAGCCCAAAAAAUUGCUGAGAUCAGCUGGAAAAAACGUGAUACAAAGACGGAUAAGUACCUGCUCACCAACCACACUCCUACCUUUAAGAUGGAGAUCCUGAACCUUCAGCAGGAUGACUCAGGCUCCUAUUACUGCGGGCUGAUCACAUUCUUUGAGUGCAAUAAAGUGAUGGAGAGCAACCGGUCCCUCUUGGUGGUCACAGCCCCUGAGAAGACAAAUGCCACUGACGAGCCUGAGAUGGAGGAAAACAAUCCCCCAGACUAUGUCAACACCAUGCUCCUAGGCAUCCUGCUGCUGGCUGCAGUCGUUGUGCUGUUGUUAUUUGGCUGUCUCACUGUGAUGUACAGGAAAGGAGAUGCGCAGAAACCACCAGGUGAAAAUGCUCCAGUGGUAAGUUUUCCAUCUCUGAAACUCUGCUGUACUGCAGGGGAACAUCACGGCAUUGCUGGGGUGCGGAAGAUGUAGGGCCUCCCAUUAUCAGCC